AAAGUAAGAUUUAUAAAAACCCAUGUUGUAUUAAUUUUUUUAACAGCAAGCAAGUUCACAGAAUCUUUGGUGAGUAUGUCGUUAUACAUUCCAUGAAAUCUGUACUUUUUGGUGCAUUUAGGGUUUAAUGUUUAUCUUUAUUAAUUUGAUUAUCUUUUGAUAUAUAUUUUUCCCCAGUGAUCCUUUGGAUUUUUCUCCUGUAAAGCCAGUAAACAGGGAUCUUUGUGACCAUGAAAAGCUAAAAACAGUUGAGAGGCUCGUUGAUGACCUCUCACUAGCUCUUUCACAACACCUUCCUCGAAUGUGGUCAUAUCUAAGUUCACCUGCUUUAGAUCCAAAAACAGCCCAUCCGAAGCUGGAAAUAUCUCCAGAUAAAAAACAAGUUUUCUGGAGAUGCCAUCCUGUUGGUGAUGGACUGACCCCUGAGCCGUAUGACUCCCAGUACAGUGUUUUAGCUCAGGAGAGCUUUACUGAUGGCCAGCAUUACUGGGAGGUGAUUGUCCAGGAGAAACCUUUCUGGAUGAUUGGUGUCACCACAGGUUUGGUCACUGAAACAAAACCUCCUCCUCAGAAUUCCUCCAGUCUGAAGGUGAACAACGCAUCCUGGUGCAUCUACCAUGGAGAUGGACAGUACCUGGCUUGUCAUGACACACGAGAGAAGCAGCUUUCAGUAGCAAAGAGAGUCAGGAAGCUGGGAAUACUGGCUAAUAUCCAGACGGGGGAGCUGUCAUUCUACGAUGCUGAUGCAUUGACUCUGCUUCACACUUUCCGUAUGCAGUGCACAGAGCCUCUUUACCCCAUGUUUAACCCGUGCAUUGAUAUGAAUGGGAUCAACAGGCAGCCACUCACUUUGUUUAGCAUUAAGGAUCCCUGGAAUUAGGAGGAAAAUGAAAAAUGAAUACCAGACAGCUCUGAAACCGGGAAUAUCUACAAAAUAA